CAGCGCGCGAGAGCGCUCUCUCACACACAUACACACACACACACAGUCUCGCUUGUUUUCUUCCCCAGCGCUGGAUGUGGAUGAGGCGUCAGCAUCAGCACCCGAGCACCGCAGCCCAUAGACACAAUCUGCAGCCAUAGACCAGCGCAUCUGGAAGAAGCCAACCCGAGAUAGCGCAACAUUUUGUCAUCCACAAAAUCGCGGUGGCGAAAUUUCACAUUGCGUUAUCACCUUUCCGCGGAGACACGAGAAGGCCAAUCCAUGACAGUCUCUCGUCGCGCACAUCGUCUCUGCGCUUUCCACAGCAGCGCCGCUAAAAUACUAUAGACGCUACACGAUAUUGGGUUUCAUUGAAUAGCCUACACUGCGUUACACCUGCUAUGAUCGCAGAUUUUCAUGGAAUGGCUAGUUGGGGAUUGUGUGGGGUUUUAUUUGGGCUCCUGAGGCUCAGCUCGGCUUGUCCUGCAUCGUGCACUUGCAAUGCCUCGAGGAUCUCAUGUAUUGAUCAGGAACCAGGGAUCGAGGAUUUCCCCGUCUUGGUGCCGGAGUCUGACAUGGAAAACAUCACUGAAAUAUAUAUCGCAAAUCAAAAAAUGCUAUAUACAAUCAAUGAGGACCAUAUGAAGUUUUACUCGAAUCUCAGGACUUUAACAGUGACCAAUACGUACCUGACAUUUGUAUCUAAAUUGGCCUUUUUCAACAAUUCCAAACUUCAAUAUCUGAAUCUCAGAGACAAUAACUUAUCAACACUCUCAUGGAUGGCCAUUCGUAAUUUGAACAUGUCUUUGUUGCUGUCUGGGAACCCAUUGCAAUGUGCAUGUGAGAACAUCUGGAUUAAAGAGUGGUUGGACGACAGUGAGAAAGACGGGCUCCAGUGUCUACAGGAGGGAGGAAGAGCUUAUGCACUCUCUAGACUCACACUGCCUUCAUGUGAGCAUCCACGCGUUAAGGUUAUCCCUGCAGUUGUCAAUCAAAUGGCAGGAAGCGAUGCUACAGUGAUGUGCGAUGGGUCUGGAGCCCCACCCCCUGAGCUUUCCUGGAGCCUAAAUUCAAGUGAUCACCCUCCUCUCACAACUAGCCAUGAGAUAAGUAAAAUGGAGCUCCGGUCAGUGCUGACUCUAAGUGGACUUUCACCUGAUGACAACGGCAGGGAGCUCACAUGUAGCGCCGAGAACAUUGUGGGCCAGGCGGAAGCUUCAGUUGUACUCAAUAUUCUUUUUCCUCCUUCUAUAGUGCAGCUGUAUCAGCCCGAGCAGAACCAGGACUGGUGUAUCCCAUUCACUGUAACUGGCAACCCGAAGCCCGAGCUGCGCUGGUACCACGAAGGAAAGUUGCUGGAGGAACAGGAGUACAUCAGAACUGAGAUUCAUGACAUCACGGACACCGAGUAUCACGGCUGUCUGCAGCUGGUCAUUCCCACUCACAUCCACAAUGGCAUUUACACACUGGUGGCCACUAAUGAGUUCGGAGAGGCCAGCGGGAACGUUUCUGCACACUUUAUGUUCAUGCCUGAUGUGGACCACUCAGGAACAGAGGGAAACAUUUUCUACUAUGACACAACCUUUAGUCCAGACACCCCACCAUUGGAGGACAAAGUUGCGGUGUAUAUAGUGGUAGGAAUAGCUGGGGUUGCUUUAACUGGAUGCAUCCUAAUGUUAGUUUUCCUCAAGUAUGGCAGAAGCUCCAAAUUCGGUAUGAAGGGAUCUUCAUCUGUCAUCAGUAAUGAUGACGACUCAGCCAGCCCACUCCACCAUGUUUCCAACGGCAACAACACACCAUCGUCCUCAGAGAUGGGCCCGGAUGCUGUUAUUAUCGGAAUGACAAAGAUCCCAGUCAUUGAGAACCCCCAGUACUUCCGCAACCCCGGCAGCUUGCUGAAAUCGGACACUUUUGUCCAGCACAUAAAACGCCACAACAUUUUGCUGAAGAGGGAGCUUGGAGAGGGUGCUUUUGGAAAAGUGUUUUUGGCUGAGUGCUACAACUUGACACCUGACCAAGAGAAGAUUUUGGUGGCUGUUAAGACGCUUAAAGAAGCCAGCGAAAGUGGGCGAGCAGAUUUCCACCGAGAGGCAGAGCUCCUAACCAACCUGCAGCACGAACACAUUGUCAAGUUUUAUGGAGUGUGUGUGGAGAGUGAUCCCCUCAUCAUGGUGUUUGAGUACAUGAAACACGGAGACCUCAACAAGUUUCUCAGGGCUCAUGGUCCAGAUGCGGUACUCAUGGCAGACGGUCAGCAGAGUUUGCUGGUGGAGUUGACUCAGCCUCAGAUGCUCCACAUAGCUCAGCAGAUAGCAGCAGGCAUGGUAUAUCUGGCUUCACAGCAUUUUGUGCACAGAGACUUGGCCACACGCAACUGUCUGGUGGGUGAGAACCUGCUGGUCAAGAUAGGGGACUUUGGUAUGUCCAGAGAUGUCUACAGCACUGACUACUACAGGGUGGGUGGUCACACCAUGCUGCCCAUUCGCUGGAUGCCACCAGAAAGCAUCAUGUACAGGAGGUUUACCACAGAGAGUGAUGUAUGGAGUUUGGGUGUGGUCCUCUGGGAAAUCUUUACCUAUGGCAAGCAACCCUGGUACCAACUCUCAAACAACGAGGUGAUCGAGUGCAUCACACAGGGUCGGGUGUUGCAGAGACCUCGUACCUGCCCCAAAGAGGUGUAUGACCUAAUGCUGGGCUGCUGGCAGAGAGAGCCCUACAUGAGACUCAACAUCAAAGAAAUCCACAACCUGCUCCAGAGCCUGGCCAAAGCCUCGCCUGUUUACCUGGACAUCCUGGGCUGACACUGUGUGGAGGAUCUGUUUGUUAGUAUGAGUGUGUAAUUGUUAUUGGAAAUGUGUGUAUGUGUGGGAUAGAAGGAGAAACUGACGGUUUAGAUUAUACAUGUGUGUGUGUGCAUAAAAUGGCUUGUGCUUCAGCCAUCUCACUACAUAGACUAAAAGCCUUAAAGUUAACUGUGAGUAUUGCUUUGAGUUUUUCCACAUCCCAAAACGUCCAUAACGGUCACGCAUCGUUGUAUUUUUUAAUCCUGAAUUGUUGUAAAUAGGCGUUGAAGACAAUGUAGACCUUUUAUUUAAAACGUUUUUGAAUAAGGUAACUUGAUUUCCGAAAGUUUACACCAAUAUUGUUUGCGGUCAUGGUUUGUUUAUUAAAAUGAACAUAAUUCGGAUGAGUACCCAGUCAUUAGCACAACGCCGCCGACGCCCGGCGGACUGUACGCAGAUUGCAAUACUAUUCACAGAGCAAAAUAUGAAGUAACAAUCAUUUAACUGCCAGCUUUCUUUUAUUCAUUUCCAUUACUUUGAACACAUCUAAUAGAUUUUUGGACUAUUCGUCAACUUUUGAUGUCUAACACUGAGUUUGAUGAAAGGCAUUUUGGUAUACAUCAGUGUGGCCCAUCUAACUCAGUCUGAACUUUGUAAUAAGAAGCACAGCGACAAAGACGCCUCCGAAUUUUUUAUUUUAAAGAGGCUUGAGGAUGGACACGGGGUGUUUGGAGUGAAAGUUACGUCACCAGCAGUGGCACUGAAAUGUUUCCACAGACUUUGUUCGGCUCCCUGGCCACGUAUUGAAGCACCGAGUGGGGGCACACGCCUCACUAACUGUUGGAUGCUGUUCCUGUCCUGUGUCAGUCAAUUCCACUUCGGGUGUUUACAAACUAGGGAAUGCUCAAUUGAUGGAAAAAACAUACAAGAUGCUAUUUGAUGAUGUGGGAAAUCAAGUAGGAAAUACAGCAACAUGGAUCUCAAAAAACACAACUGGAUGCGCCUUUCUGAAAUUUACAUUGGUCGAUGGAUACCUACAUUCAAGUUCUUUUGGUCACAAGUCCUUGUGAUGCAACAUCCCCAUUGAAAUCACUGGAUUUAAAUUAAAGGAUACUGAAUCUCUAGUGUGUAGGGGCCCUUAAUCGUCGUUUGGUUUCAAUUUGGAUUUUGGAUGGAUUUUGCCUUUGAGAAGACUAAAGAGUUCUUUCUUACCUGUUCCUGGUGACUACGAACCAUAGAUGUUCUCAGUUACGUAACAGACGCAGUUGGAUUUUUUGCUCUCUGAUUCUUCAUUACUAUUUGUUUAUGUGUCAACUACGAAAUAACUGCUAAAUACUAUGUGUAUGUGAUAAUUUAUGAUCAAUUUGUUUUCUGUGUACUAUGGGCCGUUUCAAAGCGAUGGGCUUGGUGGGCACUGUGAAGUGAAGUUCGUUAAGAAGUUCGAGUCAGAUUGGCCCUGAGGUCACGACAAGUAGACCCUAUGAAGGGACAGUCUCGACCCAACCUGUGUGCUUUAACCCCACCCAAACAAGUUAACAGAGGAGGACAAUUAACUUCUACUAUUAAAAGUUCCCCACAAACCCCUUACCUUCGUUAUUAAACUUUAGCCCAAAGCCAUUCAAAAUUUACGCUACAGACAUGAAGGAUACGAACGCUACAGGAACGAAAUUUGCGGUUUGCUGAGGAUAGGUGUACUGUUACUAAAAAAAUCGGAAUUAUGUUUUGGAACUUUUUUGAACGUUACAUCAUUUUUAUAUAAAAAGCUGUUACAUUUUAUUCUGUUGCAUAUAACUAAAUUAGGAAUAUUUUGUUUUAUUUUCAUCCAAUAUUGGUGUGUUAAAGUUUGAUUAUUUUAUUGGUUUGUAGUCCAACUUGGAUUCAUUAAAUUAUUUAAACUAUAAACUCUAAUAUAAUUACACAAAAAUCUUCGGCCAAGUGAAUCAAGAAUUUUCGACAUCUCUUUUCAUUUCGGUCCAUCACCAGAAGUGGUUUAUUAUUAUGAACACCUAAUGCUGAGUUUAGACUGCACGAUUUUAGCCCUGAUUUUGACUCGCCGACAGGUUUUGAGAAAUCAAACACAAAUGUUCGAAAUCACAGGCAAAUCGAUGCUCGUGCACGUGAGUGACAAUCACACAGUGUGGAUUAUAAAAGAUGCGUUCUGAGAGAAUCGCCGACACGUUCUAAGAGAAUCGCCGACACCCGCGAGAUAUUUGGCAAGCUAAAUAUCUGGACCGGUCGGCGAUUCAAAAUCAUGCCGUGUGAAAUGUGUUUUGACUGACAAUAACAUCGGUGAUGACAGCUGGAAGUUCGUGGAGGAGUCUCUCCAAACGUUUUCUCCUUCAUAAUCUUUAUUUCUUCUUCUUUCUGCUGCAAAUGAGCGCACAUGCAAUUUGUAUGGUAAGCUUCUUGGGAGCUACCAUUUUUAAUAAUAAUUCCAGUUUCACGAGAGAACUCCGUUCUUGCGCACGUGACCUUGCGUUGUUUCCUUCGCGUCACUUCUCGCGUGCGUUUGGUCGUGAGACGUAGUUUACGGACCAGGACAAAGUUAUCGCCGAUUCUUCUUACGGCAAAGUCAUCCAGUAUGAAAACUCCUGUCGCCAAUCCAUCAUGCAGUCUGAAACAGCAGUGACUGAACGCUUCCCCAGAUAAUCACGCAGUGUGAAAACAUCGGUGACCCGACUAGUUUGAAAAUCAUGCAGUCUGAACUCGACAUAAAUAAAAAACUUACAGCUCAGCCUUCCUCACAUAAUCACAGUGAAUCUGACCUCAGCUGUACUUAAACUGAAAGCGUGACACUCAGCUAAACUCUAUCUUUGAUAUUAACCCUUAUUCCCCAGUUUGCCACCCAUAAGGUGAGCGCCAGAUCAAGGUGACUGGCUAUGAAGCCCUGGAUGUGACUCUGGAAAACAAUUGACUAGCUCGCCCUCAUUUGGCCCGAUAGUAGAAACACGGCUUUAGAGGCGUAUGGGUGGUUUCUUUCAACUUGGGUCAGCAAGUAAUCACGUAAUGCUCUAACAACCAUGCAGAAAACCCAUAGCAACACAGAAUCGUAGACGAGCACCACUUACAAAUGUAUCUAGUUUGAAGAUUAGCAAAUGACAUUUAGAUUUGCACUGAUCCAUCUUGUUGAAUAAAUAGUACAUGCAGCUUACGAUCAAGUUUGUUUAAUCACAAAAGACAACCAGAAUCUAGUCCAGUUCCUCAACCUGGCUAUAAUCACUGUUGACUAACUCCAGGGCUACAGUAUUUUGAUGUCCUCCUCUGUGAGGCUAAAUGUCUUUCUCGAUUCAGAUUGACGGAGAUCUUCGUGGUCUUCAGCAACACAUUUUGCACUGACUAAUUGAUUCUUUAGGGGUUAUAAGUACGGGAGGUGUGUUGCUCUGAGAGUAUCUGUAUAUAUGCAAUUAGACUGUAAAUAAACAUGAGCAGGAUCAAUCAUUCUUUGUACACUGAUGUCAAAUUCUUUCCAAACAGUCCAUUGGCAGGACCUACUUUUAACAGCCGACUUUAACCAACAUCACUAAAGUGCGUCCAAUCAAGUCAAGUUUUGGUCAUUGUAGUCGCGCAAGUGACUCGUGACCUCUUAGAGCUUUGCACUUUCUUUAUAGAUGUACUGCUCAUAUUUUUGUAGUUUUCACCCUACAAUUGUAAGCACUGCAAAAAAAAAAAAAGAAAAAGGGAAAAAGAAAAUGCACAGAAAGCAGCUCUUUCAAUUAAUGGGAAGUAUCUGCAGAUAUUCACAGUAAGUGCUUGGUCAGUUACGUGAAAUGAUUUUUAUUGUGUUGUUGAAGACUGACUUUGCGUAAAGACUUUACGGAACAAACAUGGCAUUUUCUCUGUUCUGCUAUACAGAUUUGUCUGUUCUAAAUAGCCAGCCUGUACUUUAUAAUCCAUUCUGUACAGUUCCAAUAGAUGUCUAUAUAAAUAGUAUGUUCUCUCUAUAUAUUCUGUUUAAAACAGGCAUCAUGUCAAAAUGUGUGACAUUAUAAAGGGAAGAAAAACGUCUAUUGGGCCUUCGGCAAUAUGUGAGUGUAAAUAUGGUUUCAUUUAUGUGACAAUGUAUCAUUUCUUUUUCCUGUGGUUGUUCACUCUGAAAAUACAAAUUCUUUUAUAGUAUCUGUAAUUGAUCAACUAACAUUUCCCCCCGUGUAGUACGAUUAGAUGUUACCGAAGCUUACGCGCCCUUUUUUUAAAUAGUUGAGGGUUGGUUUACGUAAAGAAACAAUAUAUUAUAGGCAAACUUUGUCACCAUUCACAUUCAGGGGGAAUGAGCGAGGAGUAUUUCCACACUCAUUUUAUUUUUUUGAAGCUCUUAAAUGUUCUAUAUGAAUAACUGUGAUUGAGAACUGAAAUACUGUUGCAUUUAUUUCAUUUAUAACCCAAAGUUUAUUUAUUUAAUUUUACUGUUGGGAUGAAUCCUAUUACAACUGAGAUAGAAAUGUGUAAUACUUAGCAUGAAGAAAAUGAAACCUAUUUGUAGAACUAGAAGUAAUGCAUUGUUGCCCUAUGACAAUUAAGCACAAUACUCUUAAGAAAUGUACUUAAUGGUCGUGAAAACAAUGUAUUGGAGCAAAAUGGUCUUAUACCAUAGCCAUUUUCUUGAUGCUGAAGAGUAUUUUUUUCUUUUUUGGAUAAAUAUGAUUUUUUCAUAUUUGCAAAUUUCCCCUUUACAAGUUGUUAAGCUGGACCACUGGUUGAGUGUACAUGCGUGAUCUGGUGUGUGUAUGGGUGAAUGUGUGCUCCAGGCAGACUUAAUCUCACACGGCUUUAGGUGUCAGUACUCUUUGCUUGUGCAUCCUGUGAGAAGCUUCUUUGCAAUCAAUGGAAAUGUUCCUUGUACAACUGUGCAUUUAAUAAACGUGUUAUGUCUUACAACA